CUGCAUGGUGUGAGUGUAUGUGUGUGCAUGAGUGUGUGUGUUAUUACACUGUCACCUGUUAGCCAGUUAGCACGUAGCCUCCCUGCUCUCACCUGGUUGUGUAAUCGAGGCCAGAUUUAGACUCUGAAGAGCAGGAAAAAUGAAUGUGAGUGGUCAGUAUUAGAGGCUGUAGGUGGGCUCAGAAUCAGCUGAUCCUUUUACCUGUCUGUGGGGGAGGGUGGGGGUUCACUAAAUUCCCUGACUUUGUCAAGUGUGUGUCACAUAACAUGCCCUCUGGAGGAGAGUGGUCUGAUUUUUAACAUGAUUAUCUGUACACAGAUAGAUGUUUUUGUAAUGAUAAUCUGAUGUGAAGGAAAUGGAUUCAUUGAACUGUGGAAAGAGUAAAAUGUUCACAUUAUUGAACUGUCUUCAAGUCUGAAAAUAUCUGUACAAAAAUAAACCAACACACGCUGAAGGAUUUCACAGACAUUAUCUAUCUAAGAAAUGAAAAAUAUAUUAAUACAGAUAGAUACAAAAGACUUCUCGGUUUUUAUCCCCCUGAAAUUAUACAGUUUUUUGUUGUUGUUGUUUAAUGACAGUUUUAGUGAUGUGCGAACAUCCUCUCAGCCUGUUAUUAUCUGUAACCAAUCCAACACAUGCACACACACACACACACACACACACACACACACACACACACACACACACACACACACACACACACACACACACACACACACACACACAUCACAUGUGAUACAAAAAAAAGCAGGUGGUGUUAUGGGGCUGAGUAAAGUGACAGGUGAGGAUAACUCAACCUGUAACCCGGUCACAUGACUUCCACCACACGCUGAGCUAACAUGUUAUUACACUGAUGAUGUCACAAGAGAUGAGCUCCAAUCAGUUGUCAGCAUGAUUACUUAGUUAGCUAAAUCAGGCACACACCUGUCAGACACACACUUGUAAAUGUGUGUGUGUGAUUGUGAUAUAUAUUCCUAUUAGAUCAGAAUCAGUUUAAUUUUACUGUUUAUCAAAUUUAUAUUGUGUAUUUGAUGGGGGCAAUGAGAAUACUAUAGUACAACCUCCACCUGUUAUAAACAAACUGUAGUUACUGAUGUUUUACAUAAAAAGGUUUAUAGCUGUUGCUAGUUUCUAUCUCCUGAAAAGGGAGGAAAAUAUUACAUGGAAUAACAUGCAUACAACAAAUGUUUUAAAAUAGAAUAGCUAUUUACAUUUAGUUGUGUAAAAUUAAAAUGAGCUACAGUCAUUAAUAUGGUCACAUCUCUUGUUUUGUUUUGGCCUCCCUUUAACGGUUUUGUUAAAAGUCUUUAAAUCUUGUGUUAAUUUUGUGUAAAUUCCCAGUGUCUUACACAUUUGAGAGCUUUUUAUGGAAGAAAAGCUGACUGCCUAGAAGAGCUCUUUUCAUGUGUGAUGUUAAUGUUUCCACUGGCUGUGCUCCUGACACUAUUACAAGAAUUGAAGAAUUUGCUAAAAACUUCCAUGCAAAAUUUUGCAGGCAUUUACAAACCUGUUUAAGAAAUAAUAUUUUAUAAAUAUGUGCCAAUGAUGUCAACUCCUGAAUUUUUAUUCAUUACACUCAAGGCUUGGUUAUUUAUUAGGUAUUUUAAAGAAAAUCAACACAUCAUUUAACAAAAAAAAAAAAAAAAAAAAUAGUGUUGUUCUGUUAAAUGUCCAUCAGGGGUGAGCAGGGGAUGGUCACUCUGAAUCAUGUAGUCAUGUGACCAGAGCAGGUUGAUGGCUAACACUCACACCUGUUGCUUUAAACAGCCACUCAGGUGCGUCUCAGAUAAACUGAUGUUUAGCUUGAUAAAAUAUUAGGUCUCUGUGAGGCCCUUUUUUGUCUACAUUUUAUAAUGUUAUAAUGUUGAACAGCCAAUUUAACAGCAAUAUGUCAAUAUUCACACUGUGACUACUAUCUGUUUUGUCCAACACUAAACUCAUGUCAAACUUGCAGUGAUUCCUGUUCGGCGCCUCUCUUUGAUGUUGUUAUCAGGUUGAGGUCAGGUGUGAUCAGUCAGCAGUAAGCUGAGUGCUAAACAGUAUCUUUAUUAUUGUAUAUUGAUGGUCAUGAAUUUAUUUGUAGACGAGGUAACAGGAUGGAGGGCGUUCCUCUGAAGAUACCAGAGUGUACCUCACAGGAAGUCAAAGAUGACCUGAAGGUAGAAGUUCCUGAUUACCUGAUCAUCCUGCAGGACACAGAGGUGAGUGAGUGUGUGUGUCACAGUUUGAUAUGUAAUAGAUGUGUCUCCAGUCAGCCCAUGUUUUCUAUAAAACAAAUGAUUGCAGUUAAGGGUCAUAUUGUGAGUUAAAGCAGCGGCGUCCUCAGCUAAAGAGACUAGCUGCUGAUCAUGGUGGAUCAUUUAGCAGCUAAAGAGUCUGCAGGUCCACUCCAGAGAUCAUAAACAGAGAUCAAGACAGGUGACACUUUAAUAAAAAUAAAUAACAAUUAAAAAAAAUAAACGUAUUCAAAGAAUGUUUCUUUGAUUCUGAAGAAAAAAAACAGGGAAGUAGGAAGUUUUUAUCCCAAGACUUCUCUACAACAAAGUAGCAACAUCUGUUGCUGAAAAUUGAAGCCAGUAUGAUUGUCCCAAAAACUGUAGUUCCUUCAGAGUCUACCAGAGGCUGUCUCCCAAAGUGAGUUAAUCCCAUAGAUUGUAUAUAGAAUGGACGCUGUCUGCCUCCUCGCUGGGUGAAGCCACCCCAUGGACAGCACCCUCUGGUGACAGGCUGCAGUAUAGGUCAUAAAUCCUGCCUCCUCUAGCCAUCCUUAUGGAGUUCUAGACAAACUUUAGAAAUUAAUUACACAGAAGAUAAUUUUUUCUCCCCCCUGGUUGUGAUGUUGACGUGUAGUUACUGUAAGACUGGUUUGUGCUUAAGUCCUCUUUUUUUCUGUGAACCCCCGUUUUUAAAAGUUAUCAGGGGGUUCAUGUUUGCUAUGAUUGACACCUAAUACAGCCUAUGGGCGUACGAAGAUUGCGUAGCUCACCCUGGGGAUACGCUGUUUCAGCUGAACGUCAUCACAGUGACUCUUGGCGACUCUCCCGCUAGUUGCGUCCUAUGCUACUGCGCAAGUGGUGGAGUGCAUACAACGCUACUGCGCAAUGUUGGUUCCAGGAAAUUGAGAAAAAUUGUGAAAGUACCAAGGGCUUUUUUCGGCUUCAGAUCGUAUACUGGUGGAAGGUGGAACCAAGCUGUCCGGAUAUACAGUCUAUGGUGAAUCCCCAUCAAGGCCUGUGUUAAUAUGUCUUCUACCAUUACAUUAGCAGCAAACAUGCACAGCCUCUCUAUUUACUGACUUGUUUAAAUUUUGUCAAAGCUUGACCAGUUCACAUUCAGGGUGUGAUCUCUAUGAGUAUUAGGUGGAUGUGCUGUAACUAUCAGUUCCACUUCUUUACCUGGUGACUGCUAUCAUUGUGCUUCAUUAUGCCUCUUCAGAAACCACUGGGUAACGUCGCCCCCUGCUGGAUAUUAGACAGAAUGCGUGUAUAUAACACUUUGGCACUGGAUUCACAACACAGGAUUGCUGUUAGAGAGGUUAAAACGUGUUGACAUGAACUUGAUCUAUCACCCAGUGAGCUGAGAUAUAUAUAACUCCAUAACUGAUGCAUCAUUCAUGAUGACAGGAGGUGAAUUCACCAAACUCAUAUCUCUGUCUGUUAACAUAAGUCUAAAAGAGGACUCUGCAGUCUCUAACACAUUUUCUCUCAUAUGUUAUUUGUCUGGUUCCAGUAUGAGUUCAGUAUGGAGAACUGGGUUUUAACUGGUCUGCAGAGCGGUUUCACCAUCCAGUCUCGCCCUCAGCCUUCCUCCAACUCCACCUCCUCUGGCUUGUUGCCAUCCUGUCCUCCAUAUUGGAUGAUGUUCAGCAGCCCUCAGCAGAGCCGGCUGGCCAGCCGCCACUGCUCUGACUUCUGGGAGCCUAACCCCCGUCAGCGCUCAUACAGCCUCAACCCCACCGUGCUGCGCUCCAAGUCCGCCGUCUCAGACUCUGAGGAGGAAGGGGAGGGCAGCAAACGGAAGACCAAGGCUGGUUCACCUGUUAAAACCUGCCCAGGAGGGAAGAGUCCUGCUGCACAGGGUCAGAGGAAAGCUCAGAAAGCCUUCAUCCCAGACCUCCUGAACCCUCCAGCAUGCCUCAGCAGCCUCCCUCACCAACGCAGGAAAAACCUCAGACAGUGCUCCCUCUCUGGUCUGGACUCCUCCAAACCCGACCUUGUGACAGACAACAAGACCAGGAAGACCCCAGACAUCAAGGCCCCCAACACUAGAGCCCAAAAUGCCAGAGUCCCCAACACCAGAACCCUCAACACCAGAGCCAACACAGUGGACAGACCCCCCAGUAUUAAGCAGCCCAACACAGCACAGAAGGUGAGACACAGUCAAGGUUUGGAAGCUUUUGUUUGAUUUAUCUUUCCACAGAACAUCAUCACUUUACAGUCUGUAGAUCUGUUAUGUCAGGUACACUGCCACAUAAUGGGGAUCCCAGACUUCACUCUGAUGUUUUUGAAAUCAGAUCAGUGUCAUUGCUCGGUCAGCAGUCGGCAUCUGUCCUUUCCAAGACAGCUGGUUUGUCUUUCCUCAACCCUAGAAACGAAAAGGAUUUGACAGAAGUCCAAGAGGGUUUAAGAUCUGUAGACAGCCCUUGAUACAGUGUCCGCACUAAAGUUGAUCCAGUCAAGUAUAUCUCCCUCGCUAAUCGGUGAAACUCGAGGAGCUGUCAGGUCACUGCCAGGCUGAUGUUGUGGAGCAAAGUUAGCCCUCAGUGUGGUCUGCAGGAGCACACAGUGACAACAGCCUUCAGCUCCUGUCUUAAACAUGCUAUAAAACUGAACAAUGGUCCAGGAUCAGAGUCAGUACAGUGUCUGCAGAGACAGGGAUUAACUAUAUUCAGCUGUGUGUGUGUGUGUGUGUGUGUGUGUGUGUGUGUGUGUGUGUGUGUGUGUGUGUGUGUGUCCUCUGUUAUAGCUGCAGGAGCAAAUCUAUCUGAGCCAUCACAUCUCUUCAACUACACAUUUCCUGAAUGUUUUCGAGGAUCUGCACUCUAAAAAUAGACAGCGUAAAGUCUGUUCUGAGUUCAGCUGAGUUAUAAGACCCCGGUCAGGAUUAGAGACUAACAUGUCUGACAACAUCUUCCUCAGCAGAGCAGGAUCAGAUUUACUCAAUGUUACACAAAUACUAGGGCUAUUCAUUUUCACAAAUCAAUUUAAAAUCCAUAUGUAACAUGAGAUGCUGAUAUUUGAAUACACUUUCCAUUUCAAAGACACUCAAUAUUCCAUGUGUACAAAGUUGAUAUAUAGUCUUAUUUUCGUCCUUUCUUUUGUUGUUAAGUGAUGUGAAGAGCCCCAGAAUACUUCCAAAAAUGUGCUUCUCAGUUGUUUUGGUCUUGUGUUUGUCUGUCCAGGAUGGCUUUGAUGCGCUCAUUAUUUAUUUUUUUAAUGUUAUUUUUUGGGGCAUUUUCGCCUUUAAUGAUAGGACAAUUGAGAAAGACAGGAAAUGAGGGAGUGAGAGAAGGGAUGACAUGCAGCUAAUUGUGAGGGCCAGGACUUGGAGCUGCGAAUGCUACGGGGACCAUGGUCCCCAUACGUGGGGCAUGCUAACCUGCUAGGCUAUCCGCAUGCCCUGCAUCAUCCAUUGUUGUAGAUCUGAAAAACAUCACUGUAUUAAUUGACUUCUGUCAAGAAAGCAUUCGUUGGUCAGGAGUACCCAGUGAUGGAUCAAACAACAAUGACCAGACGGCCUGAUCUACUGAUUAACAGAAAAUCUUCUUUACAGUUUGAAGAUGAUCUUUUCACCCUGGGAAGACUCUAACUUCACAUAGAAAGUGAUGGUCCUUACACACACAUACUUGCCCCUCUCUAACAUAGAGCCCUGAUGUUUUCUAGACAAUUUCAGGACAGGAAAAAUAUUAAAAAAUUAAACUGCCCACACAGACAGGUACGAAUAUUUCCCAAGUUUUACGUUUUCCCACUGGACUACAAAUAUGAAUGCACUGUAGACGGUGUAAUAAAUGGACAUAGUGUUGGUAACAUCACCCAUUUGUUUGUAAAGCAGCAUUUGAGGCCUGUCUUUGGCAGUACCCAAACUGCUAACUAAACCUAACUCUCGGUCUUUAGCCUUCCUGCAAAUAGCAACAGAGCGCCUGCCUGUCAGUCAAAACAACUGUGGCCCUGAUUUACCAAUCCUGAAUUCCUCUAUUUGUCUGUGUUAUGAAUUUUACUGUUGUGUUUGUGUUUUUGGAACAGCCCUUCAAAUGUGCACUAAUAAUAAUAACAACAACACACAAAGAGUGGGCAUUUCUCAACCCUCCUUUUCCUGGGCAGUCAGUUCCUGAAAAUAUAUCAGGGCCUGGAUUCCUGUUAUGGUCCUUAACACAUCAGGUGCUUAUGUGUGAAAGCAGUUUCAGACUUGCACACACUCAGUUCAGUCUCUUUCUUCUCCUUGCAGUCUCUGCGUUCAGACUCCUCCACAGCACCCCCUGCAGUCUCCCCUCGCUGUGGCUUCCCCUCAUCCUCAGACUCUUCAGCAGAACUUCUGUCCGCUCUGAGCCCAGAGGAGAGAGACCUCCUGGCAGCCAUCACUGCCAGGGGAUACCCCCUGAAGACUGCCAUCAUCACCCUGCAGAAGAUGGGCCGGCAGACCCCGGACCAGGUCAGUAUAGACCCCACACCAGAGUAUGGAUUACCUCAGCGUGAGUUUCUGAGCCGGGAUCAGACACACACAGAGUGAACAUUUAAAUGCUGACGGAUGUAUAAAUAUCACUGUGGGUGGGAGUGAAACCAAAAUCCAUAAGCCAGUAUAAUCCUGGGUAAAAAUAGAGCAGUUUCCACAGUCACUGUGUGAGUGUUUUCCCACAACAUCAUCUGACCUCAGGGAGACCGCCAACUCAGUGUCUGUGGGAAAGGACACCAACAGGAAGUGACCUUAAAAUGCAAAUAGGAGACAGGGGAUGUACACGGCAGGGGGAAAAGAUCAGAAGAUCAGGAUUCAGAUCUAAAGCUACAAUAACAAAGAUUAAAAAAAAAGAAGCAUUUUUCAAAUUUCUAAAUCCAAUCCAAUCCAUUUUAUUUAUAGAACAUGAUUUAAGCAAACACAAGGUUUCCAAAGUGCUGCACAGCAAGAUAAAAAUACAUGAAUAACACACACAAUAACGCACAUACAUUAAUUAAUAACACAACGGAAGUAAACCACAACUUUCUCUGUGUCUGAAACAGUCCAGAUUUCAUGAAAUCUGACUCUAAAUAACCUUUCUUAACCUUCUCUUUUAGUCUUCCUCUAAGCCAAUUCAUCAAUCUCUAUCAUUUGGUAUUAAAUACUUUUAAGAAAACAAAACAAAAAAAGAACUUUCAUAAAAACUCCUAACGGUGCUUCUCUUCCAACUGUAAUAUUAAUAUGAUAUAACAGUUAACAGUCAGCUAAUAACAGCUCUAUUCUGUUUUUAUUCUACUUAAAUAAUCCAGGAUCAGUAUCAGAAUCUGUGUUCAUGAAUAUUAUAAAGUAUGCUGAUUUUAAAACAUUUGGUAUCCACCACUACUGACACAUUGAAUGAAAGUUCAGCCUAAAUAACUGACCCCCGUUUAUGUGAAGCUGGUUAACUUUAGAAAACAUGUGUAUCUGUGAUUUGUGUGUGUGUUUUGUGUGCAGAUCCUGAGUUACCUGGUGGCCUGUGAGCACCUGUGUCAGCUGGGUUAUGACAUGGCUCAAGUGGAGGAGGCUCUAGAGAUGUUUCAGAACUGUGAGACGAAGGUGAGAGCUGCAGAGACUCCCUGAUAAAUCCCACUGUUCAAACAUCAAUCUGAUUUAAAUGUGUGUUUCCUGUUUAGGCCGGGGAGUUCCUGCACCUGCUCAGUCAGUUCAAUGAAAUGGGUUUCCAGCAGAACGCCAUCAAAGAGGUGUUGCUGGUCCACGAGAACCACAGAGAGCGGGCGUUGGAGGAACUGAUGAUGCGUGUGGCAUGAUGUUUACACAUAUGAUUACACUGUUACUGCUGAGGAUGGACAGUGGCCUUCUGGGCUCAGUUAUAUUUGUUACUUAUCUGUGGUUGAUAAAGAUGAAGAUGAAGAUGAUGGGGAUACGCCAUUGUUGCCCAUUUUUACUCCUGUGUCAUAAACACACUGUUGACAGUGUGCCGUCACUUCAGUGAAUGUGUCUGUACUUUGAGUUCAAAUAAACAGUUAUUAAAGAUGAA